AUGACGUCAUCAGAGCGCGCCGAACGGGGAGAGGGAAGGGCGGGGGGAGGAUAGGCGUGCGGGCCGGGACCUCUCCCCGCGGCGGUGCCGGGCGCCAUGGCCCCCCCCAAGGACAUCAUGACCAACUCGCACGCCAAGUCCAUCCUCAACGCCAUGAACGCCCUGCGGAAGAGCAACACGCUCUGCGACGUCACCCUCCGCGUGGAGCACAAGGACUUCCCGGCCCACCGCAUCGUCCUGGCCGCCUGCAGCGACUACUUCUGCGCCAUGUUCACCAGCGAGCUCUCAGAGAAAGACAAACCCUAUGUAGAUAUCCAGGGCCUGACAGCCUCCACCAUGGAGAUCCUGCUGGACUUUGUGUACACAGAAACUGUUCAUGUGACAGUGGAGAACGUCCAGGAACUGCUCCCAGCAGCUUGUCUGCUCCAGCUGAAAGGUGUGAAACAAGCUUGCUGUGAGUUUCUAGAAAGCCAGCUGGAUCCAUCAAAUUGUUUGGGCAUUCGGGAUUUUGCUGAGACACACAAUUGUGUGGAUCUAAUGCAAGCUGCAGAGGUCUUCAGCCAGAAACAUUUUCCAGAGGUGGUUCAGCAUGAAGAGUUUAUCCUCUUAAAUCAAGAAGAGGUUGAAAAGCUCAUCAAGUGUGAUGAAAUUCAGGUGGACUCAGAGGAGCCAGUGUUUGAGGCAGUUAUUAACUGGGUGAAGCACUCCAAGAAGGAGCGGGAGGCGUCACUGCCGGAGCUGCUGCAGUACGUGCGGAUGCCGCUGCUGACACCGCGCUACAUCACAGACGUCAUCGACACCGAGCCCUUCAUCCGAUGCAGCCUGCAGUGCAGAGACCUCGUGGAUGAAGCUAAGAAAUUUCACCUUCGGCCUGAGCUCCGGAGCCAGAUGCAAGGACCCAGGACAAGAGCACGUCUGGGAGCUAACGAAGUGCUGCUGGUGAUCGGUGGCUUCGGCAGCCAGCAGUCCCCUAUCGACGUUGUGGAGAAGUACGACCCCAAGACUCAGGAGUGGAGUUUCUUGCCAAGCAUCACUCGCAAGCGGCGCUACGUGGCCACGGUGUCGCUGCACGACCGCAUCUACGUCAUCGGAGGCUACGACGGCCGCUCGCGCCUCAGCUCCGUCGAGUGCCUGGACUACACCUCCGACGAGGAUGGCAUCUGGUACUCCGUGGCUCCCAUGAACGUGCGCAGAGGCCUGGCUGGAGCCACCACCCUGGGAGACAUGAUCUACGUCUCCGGAGGCUUCGACGGCAGCCGGCGGCACACCAGCAUGGAGCGGUACGACCCCAACAUCGACCAGUGGAGCAUGCUGGGGGACAUGCAGACAGCUCGGGAAGGAGCGGGGCUGGUGGUGGCUAAUGGAGUCAUCUACUGCCUGGGUGGCUAUGAUGGGCUGAACAUUCUGAACUCUGUGGAGAGGUAUGAUCCCCACACAGGACACUGGACAAAUGUCACCCCAAUGGCCACCAAGCGCUCAGGGGCUGGCGUGGCUCUGCUGAACGACCACAUCUACGUGGUGGGAGGCUUCGACGGCACCGCGCACCUCUCCUCGGUGGAGGCCUACAACAUCCGCACGGACUCCUGGAGCGCCGUCACCAGCAUGACCACCCCACGCUGCUACGUCGGUGCCACCGUGCUGCGGGGCAGGCUCUACGCCAUCGCGGGGUAUGAUGGCAACUCCCUGCUGAGCAGCAUCGAGUGCUACGAUCCCAUCAUUGACAGCUGGGAGGUGGUGACCUCGCUGGGCAUGCAGCGCUGCGACGCUGGGGUCUGCGUCCUCCGGGAGAAGUGACCUGGGGGAAGCUCACAGAGGAUGCUCU